GCAGCCCACUCCACUAAACCUGCCUCUUAAACAGAUCCAGUCCAUAGAUCCAAUCGAAAUUACACCAAAACCGAAUUCUCCCCUCCCCUCUCACGAAGAAAACUACACAUUGGUGACCAGACAUGUUCUGUCUUCUUGAUUUUCAUUGUCUGCUUCAUACAUUCCGCGCUUGGUUCGAUCAAACUCAUCAUCUGAAUACCAAUCAAAAUUAUAGCUGAACAAAAAAGAAAGCUGAAAGGUGAGGGGGUCGGAAUCCUACAGUAGGAGCAAGACACAGUUAAGGAACGUAUCGAAAUCCUGGAAUGAUGAUGACAGGUACAUCAUCUAAGGCUACAAACAGUGGAGGUGCUGGAAUCAAAUUUAAAGUUUAAGGACCUGGACCAGCAUAAACAUCUGGCAAGGUGUCAAGCACAAAUAAUACAUGCAACACGCAUGCACAUGACCUCCCACUUUCCCAUGUCUUAUCAGCUAAAGGUUCCAGUACUUGGUUUAGUUUCCCUCCGUUUCUUUGCAAAAUCAAGUCGGUGCUUCUCAUCAUCUACCCCCAAAACCAGACGGCUGACUAAGCAAGAAUGUCUGAUACACUUACAACACUGCAAAUCCAUGAAAGAACUAAGACAAAUCCAAUCCCAGGUCUUCAGAAUAGGUCUAAGUCAAAACAGAGAUGCAGUAAACAAACUCUUGGUUUUCUGUACAGACCCAAAGUCUGGAAAUUUUCACUAUGCAGAGAGAGUUUUCAGUUACACAGAAGAGCCAUCUUUAUUCUUAUACAACUUAAUGAUCAGAGCAUCUACUAAAAUGGGUGACUUAAGAAGAUGUGUUUCUUUUUUUGUUAGAUUAAGGGAAGAUGGUUUAUCACCUGAUAAUUUCACUUUCCCUUUUGUUCUUAAGGCGAUCGGAUGUUCAAAGAUGGUUUUGGAGGGAAAAAAGAUCCAUGGGCUCAUUGUAAAAACUGGUUUUGAGUUUGUAUCUUUUGUGAGAAACUCUCUUAUGGAUAUGUACACAGAGAUGCGUGAUGUUGAGACAUUACAGUUUCUAUUUGAAGAAAACCCAGAGAGAGAUUUAGUUUGUUGGAAUGUUUUGAUUUCAGGGUAUGUUAGGUGCGGAAAAUUUGAGGAUGCUCUAGUCAUUUAUCGCAGGAUGAGAGAAGAAUCUGGAUUUAAACCGGAUGAAGCUACUCUUGUUAGCACACUUUCUGCUUGUGCUGCCUUAAGAAAUUUGGAAUUGGGUAAGGAAAUACAGUUGUAUAUUAAGAGUGGACUUGAAUUUACAGUUUUACUUAGCAAUGCUUUGUUGGGAAUGUACUCGAAAUGUGGAUGUUUAGUUCAGGCACGUCAAGUUUUCGAUGAGAUGCCGGUUAAAAAUGUGAUUACUUGGACCAGUAUUGUGUCUGGAUAUGUGAAUUCUGGUCAAAUAGAUGAAGCAAGAGAGCUUUUUAAAAGAAGUCCAGUAAGGGAUGUUGUUCUUUGGACAGCUAUGAUCAAUGGAUAUGUGCAGUUUAAUCAGAUUGACGAGGCUUUGUCUCUUUUUAAUGAGAUGCAAACUAGGGGAUUAAAACCGGAUGGAUUUACUGUUGUUGCUCUUCUAACAGGUUGUGCUCAAUUGGGAGCCCUGGAACAAGGGAGAUGGAUCCAUGGAUACAUUGAAGAUCACAAUAUUAGAAUGGAUGCUGUAGUUGGUACUGCUCUUAUAGAUAUGUAUGCUAAAUGUGGCUUCAUAGAGAAAUCGAUGGAGAUUUUCUUGAAAGUAGAUGAAAGGGAUAGAUCCAUAUGGACUGCUAUUAUUUGUGGGCUCGCUCUGAAUGGGCAGACAAAUAAAGCUCUGGAGCUGUUCUCAGAGAUGAAACUGGCUGGGGUAAAACCGGAUGAUAUUACUUUCAUUGGUGUUUUAAGUGCAUGCAAUCAUGCGCAUAUGGUGGACGAAGGCCGAUCUUAUUUUGAAUCCAUGAGGACAAUUUAUCAGAUUGAACCUAAGUUAGAACACUACGGGUGUUUGGUUGAUCUACUUGGACGUGCUGGGAAGAUAAGUGAAGCUGAAGACAUAGUGGAAAAGAUCCCAAAUAUUGAUAAUGCCGACGAUUUGCUGCCAUUAUGGGGUUCUUUACUAGGGGCUUGCAAAAUCCAUGGAAAUGUCGAGACAAGUGAACGUAUAGCGAAACGUCUUUCUGCAAAAGAAUCCAACAAUCCUGGUAUUCUUAUACUUCUAGCAAAUAUUUAUGCAGCGGCUGAAAGAUGGGAGGAUGUUAACAGAGUAAGGAGGAAGAUGAAGUCUUUAGGAGUACAAAAACUGCCUGGAUGCAGUUCAAUUGAGCUGAAUGGCGUUGUACAUGAAUUUCUUGUAGGAGGCUCUUCCCACCCAGAGAUUAGCAACAUUUAUAGCCUGUUGAAUGAUAUGAGCCGUGUGAUGUUUAGUUCAGAAGAAAACUUGAGAAGCAUCAAGACCUGAUUCUCAUACUGUUUUAUUCGUUAAGGCCAAGCAAGCAUGGGCUUAUACUUUAGACAGUCCACAUGAUGGACAUUGGGUGCAAGAGAGAUGCUUGCAAUACUUUCAGUUUAAGCAACUGGGUGGCCAUCGAUAUGUGUUUGGUAUUACAUUCCACAGUAGAACUUAACUUUUGGAGCCAUACAUCAUAGGGGCAUGAGUCUUAAUAUAGCUUACCAUCUGUUAUCAGCUCAUUCAAUAAGCAAUGGUCUGAAGAAACUUACCAAAACUAGUCUGGUUUUUAAAGAUGGAUGGAAACAAUCAAGUGAUAUUUACUGCUGUAGGUGCAUCAGCAAAGAAUGGCAUGUUUCUCUGUUUAAGUUCUUGACAAUCCUCUGAAACGGCUUUCAUGGGAUCUAAAAUUUCACGAUCAGAAGGAGAGAAACUGGUGGCCCCAAAGGAAAAUGUCUGACGGUAUAGCUUUGUAUAGCAAGCCGUGAAGAUCAGCCCAAUGAGCUGCCCUAAAAUUGAAAUUUUCAUCUCUUGUCAGUACCUUACAAAUCU